AUAAAGUGUAAAGGAAAAUUGGAAUUUAAGGUAAAAAGGAACAGUUAAUAAAGGUGCUUAGUUUAGCAUUAAUCAUUACCCCUGCUGGGACCAGAACACAGACGAAGUAAGGGAUGAGGUUUAUCCUGGAGUGCGGGUAGUAGAAUCUCCAUGUAGGGCUAAGAAUGCAGCACCAAUAGCAUCCAGAAUAAAGCAGGGAGCUCAGCUGGUUUAGGUUAAACAGUACUCCCUCAAAUUUAAAGAAUGGAUGACCUGAUAGCUACCAGAACAAAGGAGGUAAUGCAUAACAUGGACAAUUAACUUACUAAACUUUCUCAGACUUAAUGGCUAUCAAGUUUCUCCACAGAAAGCCCAAGUGGCACAGCCACAAAUUUGCAGUAUGGAAUCGUUGUGGGAUCCUGAGCCCAAGGAAACAGCGAGGAAGGAAACAGCCAGACUCCAGAAUAAAAAACGGAGCUAAGGAGCUCCAGACUUUCCUAGGAAUGACGAGGUGCUGCCGCCUACAACUAAGGAAUACUGGUAAAGCCUCUCUGUGCCUUUUGAAGUCCUGUCCAAAGAUCCUCAUACAUGUUGAGGAAGACAAAUAAGAGAAAAGUUGAACUGUGGGAAUUAGACACGGACUCCGUUGUUAGUGCAAAACAAAAACUUUUAUUGUGUGUGAUGAACAAUGUGCACUUGCUCAAGUGCUUUAUUAAAUGUGACUCUCUUGCCACGUUUGGCAGUGCUGGAUCUUCCCUCCUGCCCUGAAGUAGAUGGUGCUGGAGCUGGGCUCGUACCUCUGGUGCCGUCCUGUGGCACCCAGUCUGUGUUGGUGUGAGUUUUGGACCGAGGCACGGCUCUGUCAGCCUUAUCUCAAGUCCAUUGUACCUCAGCAGCAUCUCCCAGUAGUCGGUGAUGAGGUCGUAGAGGCUGUCAAAUACGUGGGUGACAGUCAGAAAGAACUUGAGGAUGUUAGCGUCCUGCCGCCAAUGGAUGCGGAAACGCUGCACCUUCUCAUUACACCACAUGGACAGAAUGUAGUCCCCAACAUAGGUCUCUCUCUCCCUGAUGAGGAAGCAGCCAUCAGGGGCCUCCAUCUCAGCACAGGACUCCGUCAGCAGCCGCUCGGCCCGCUGCGCCCUGCCCCCAGCCUGCCGUGGAUGCAGCUCCACGUUGGCGCUCACCUCCUUUGCGCAGGCCGUCUCCCCCGGCUGUUCACGACUGGGACAACGUACAUCAGGUUCCAUGUGUGUUCCACCUGGGCGCUGUAUCAGGCACUGGCCAUGCAGAUGGGGAGCACAAGUGGAAAAAAAAACCUUGCAGACCCUGAGAAGAAUAAAAGCAGGAGAGAGUCUGCGAUGGGUGAGAAAGGAAAAGUGAUCUUUGAAGCAGGGGACGCCCUGCUGGCACUGCCUUUCAUGUCCACCACCAGAAUGUACCUUCUCUGUCAUUUUGGUGGUUUGCCAUCUCUCAGGGGGCAAUAAGUAAUAAUACAUUAGCUUAGAAAGUUUCCAUUUCUCACUUAUGGAAUAUGAGAAAUAAAUACCUGUGUGAGUGUGUCUAUAUUGACUCAAAAAAUCGUGACCUCCUAUGUAACUUAAUGUGUUACCAAUAGAGGCUUUGAUUGAGUUAUGAUGAUUGUGCUCUUAGUAUAAUUAGUGCUAUUAUUUUAUAGUGUGGUAGCAGUUUGCUAAUAAACGAAAAAAGGGGAAAGUUGUAAAGGAGUACAGAGCGCUAAAAAACAAAACUUGUGAAUGUACAUCAGCUUUGUGAGAACCUGUAAUAAAUGAUUUGGAUUGUUCAUAUCUGAGUCCAUGCAAGGACCCAGGUGGACUGAGAGUGCUGAAAGGAAGCUCAUGCUGCAUGGAGCUGAAAGGAAGUUGAGGCUGGAAGAAGUGCCACGCUGAAAGAAGCAAUCCUGUGCGCAGACCUGCUUUUCUCUGGAUGAAGGAACAGGUCCAAGAUGGGUGGCAUAUAUUCAGGAGUCUCUUCAGGGGUUUUUGCAGGAUGGAUACAGAAUUUGUUAAAAAUAGGGUUAGUUUGUCGUAGUGGUUUUUUCUGUGUUUUAAUUUGUGUUCCGUGCUUGUUGCAGUAUAUUCAAAAAAUGAUACAGGAUGCUAUGAACCGAGCCUUUUUUAUUAAUAAAGAAAGGGGAGAUGUGGGGGAAGAUGUAACUGUGAGCAGUCAGCAAAGAGUUUAUCAGACUCUUUGAUAGACCCCAUCACUCACACUUAAGAAACCUUUCAUCCUUUAUCACUGUUGUUUGGGAGAAGCUGGGCCAGUUCACUGAUUAGAGGGACAGGAAUUUCUGGUUGUAAGUGAA